AUACAGAGUUAAAGUCCACCUCAUCAGCUAAAUACCUAGGAAUAACUAUCUCCAAUGAUUUGAACUGGUCACAACACAUAGAAAACAUAACUUCUAAGGCAAUCUCUUCCCUUCGAUUUAUUCAGAGAAAUGUCAAGACAGAUAACAUAAAGGUCAAAGAAGCUGCAUACACCACCUAUGUCCGCCCCCAGCUAGAAUACUGUUCAACUGUGUGGCAUCCCUGGCAGAAAACUCACCCAUAAACUUGAACGAGUCCAAAGGUCAGCAGCUAGGUAUCAAUCAUGGCACAGUUCACCUAUACAGACUCAGAUUUCCAUGAAAAUUCAUGUAAUUGGCUUCAAGCAGAAUGUGAGCUUAGCAAGUUUGAUAAAGCUCUGAUAGAUGGCUGGGAUAAAGCUAUGGAAGAUGGUCACUUCCGGUACAAACUUGACAUUGAACAAACAAGAGUGAUCGGCAGCAAAAAAUAUGUAGCACAGUUGAAUAUCAAGCGAGCACAGGAGAGGAGAAAGCCAGACAACAUUGAGUCUUUAAAUCAGCCAUUUAAUCCAGCAAAUUUCAAUUUCCUAAAAAUAAAGCCUCCAGAAAUCCUGCUUGAACUUGUAAAGGGAGAUAAUUCUUGUCAGAAAUGUGGCGAAGAGAGCAAUCAGCAGAAUGGGUUUGAUGAACAAACCCCAAAGGAGAGAAAUUUGGUUAUUAUAAAUGUAAGCCCACUGGAGUAUGGCCAUGUUCUGUUGGUGCCAGACAUAGAUGCAUGUAGACCACAGAUAUUAACAGAAACUGGAAUGAGGACGUCUUUAGAAAUGAUGCUUCUGAGUAAACACAGGGGAUUUCGAGUUGGGUUCAACAGUUUAUGUGCAUUUGCCUCAGUAAACCAUGCACAUCUACAUGCUUAUUAUUUAGAUAGGGAACUUUUUGUAGAAUCUGCACCUGUGAACCAUAUAUGUGGUGACCUUUAUGAACUAGUUGCAAUGCCUGCUAAAGGAUUUGCAUUUCAACUUCAUCAGACUGGUUUAGAUAAAUUAUCAAAGAUUAUAUUCCAUAUAGCAGAUUACUUCCAGAAAAAUGAAGUAGCGCAUAAUCUGUACAUGAUCAAGGGACCAGUUUUCAAUGAGGAUCAACAUAGUGACAAUAGAACUAUACGAGUGUACCUCUGGCCUAGAAAGAAGUUUAUAGGUAGCAUGUGGUUGAAAGAUGAAGCAGCCUUCAAUGUAGCAUUAGUGGAACUUGCUGGACAUCUGCCAGUGAAAGUACGGGAAUUAUUUAAUGACCUUGAUGAAGAGAAGAUAGAGUCAACUAUACGGAAUGCUGCCUUAGAUGACAGUGAAUAUGAAAGUAUCAAACAAGAUGUGAUCAAGAUAUGCCAGUCAUUCAUCAGUUGAUAAUAAGCUUGGAUUUAGGAAAGUUAUUGUUUAAGAAUGAUACUCAACACAUUUUAAGAUCUGCUUUAUCUUUAAUAUAUAUGUCUCAAAGGUAAUAAUGAAACCUGCCAGAUAAAAAUGUCUGUAAAUGAGCCAUGCCAUGGGAAAACCAACAUAGUGGCUUUGCGACCAGCAUGGAUCCAGACCAGCCUGCGCAUCCGCGCAGUCUGGUCAGGAUCCAUGCUGUUCGCUAACAGUUUCUCUAAUUGCUAUAGGCUCUGAAAGCGAACAGCAUGGAUCCUGACCAGACUGCGCGGAUGCACAGGCUGGUCUGGAUCCAUGCUGGUCACAAACCCACUAUGUUGGUUUUCUCAUGGCACGGCUCAAAUAUAAUUUAUUUAUUCUUUUUUUUAGGAGGGGUUGGGGGUGUGGUUCUCAUAUUAAUUUUUCUAUCCACUAUUAAACCUAAAACUAUAUUAACAUAAAAAAUCUUUUAUGUGGUUUACUGAAGAUGUCUUUCUAAUAUCAUUUACAAAGUAGAAUGACAUCUGAGAAAGAAAAUAAUUCUACCCACAAUUACAUGUAGUUCAGUUCACAAAUGUUUUUAUGUUAAUAAUGCUGUGCUGUCCUACUUUACCUUUUACAGCUGGCUAAAAUUGAAGAGAUUCUAUGCAUUAUUUACCUAUUUUGUGAAAUUUCUUAGUAUGUCCGUACACAAAGGUUUUCAAUACUGAUAAUAAAAGCAAUAUUUGGCAUGAACGACCAAUAGCAUUGUAGUGCUUCCUGCAAUUCUUCUGAAACGUAACCAUUGUCAUCUUGUGUAAACAAUUUAUUGUACCUCUUAUAUCUUGGUGAUACCUUACUUUGUUGUGUUGUCAUUUUGUCUUAACUGUGUUGGGUUGCUGUUCCGUCUAAAUUAUAUUGCUUUUCAGUCUAAACUGUUUUGCGUCCCCAUUCUGUGUAAACUUGGAACAACCUAUUUAUUCAAACUUAAUAAAUCUGGCAGGGGAUGGAUCUCUGGAUAAGUCAUUGAGUAGUUGGAUGUUGUAUUUGUGCUAAAAUGGCAAUAGACUGUGUGUACAGGUUUUAUUUAAACUUUCUGUUUUGAAUAGAAUUGUUCUAGACAAGCCCCUUACACUUUAAAAUGUGAUAUUAUGUACUAAUAUUUUAUAGAUUCUUGAUAUGUUAAAUGUAUUUUAAGAGGGAUAUCUUACAUAAGCACAGUUAUUUAUUGCACAACUUUCAUAAAUAUUCCGAUACAUACAUGAUGUGAUAUAGAUACUAUCUUGUAGUAAAUCCAACAUUGUUAUAGAUGUGAUAUAUAUUAAUGGGUCCAGUUUUACUUUAUUGUACCCCCAUACAACAAAGUUGUAAGGGGGGUAUACUGGUUUCAGGUUGUCUGUCUGUCCGUCCAUCCGUCCGUCUGUCUGUCUGUCUAGACACAAUCUUGUGCGCACCAACUCUCCUCAUCCCCUUGACACAUUUUAAUGAAACUUCACAAAGUGAUUAGUAACAACAGUAGUUGUGCAUGAUGCAUGUUAGGUUCUUUCAGAAUUUUUUUUGCAGAGUUAUGGGACUUUGUUUUUUGUUACUAUACUAUAUACAUAGACACAAUCUUGUGCGCACCAACUCUCCUCAUCCCCUUGACACAAUUAAAUGAAACUUCACGCAAGUGUUCAGUAACAACAGUAGUUGUGCAUGGUGAAUGUUAGGUUCUUUCAGAAAAAAAAAAUUGCAGAGUUACGGGACUUUGAUUUUUGUUACUAUACUAUAUACAUACAGUCUGCAUAUGCAAUCUUGUGCACACCAACUCUCCUCAUCCCAGUGACACAAUUUAAUGAAACUUCACACAAGUGAUCAGUACCAACCCUACUUGUGCAUGGUGCAUGUUACGUUCUUUUAGAUAAAUAUUCUGCAGAGUUAUGGGACUUUGUUUUUUGUUACUAUACUAUAUACAAAGAGUCUUUAUACUUAAAGUCUACAUAAUUAUGUCUCCCUCAGGAGACAAAUUGUUUUUGCCCUGUCCGUCCGUCCGUCCUUACGUCACACUUCAUUUCCGAGCAAUAACUGGAGAACAGUUUGACCUAGAACCUUCAAACUUCAUAGGGUUGUAGGGCUGCUGGAGUAGACGACCCCUAUUGUUUUUGGGGUCACUCCGUCAAAGGUCAAGGUCACAGGGGCCUGAACAUUGAAAACCAUUUCCGAUCAAUAACUAGAGAACCACUUGACCCAGAAUGUUGAAACUUCAUAGGAUGAUUGGUCAUGAAGAAUAGAUGACCCCUAUUGAUUUUGGGGUCACUCCGUCAAAGGUCAAGGUCACAGGGGCCUGAAUAUUGAAAACCAUUUCCGAUCAAUAACUAGAGAACCACUUGACCCCGAAUGUUGAAACUUCAUAGGAUGAUUGGUCAUGAAGAGUAGAUGACCCCUAUUGAUUUUGGGGUCACUCCGUCAAAGGUCAAGGUCACAGGGGCCUGAACAUUGAAAAUCAUUUCCGAUCAAUAACUAGAGAACCACUUGACCCCAAAUGUUGAAACUUCAUAGGAUGAUUGGUCAUGCAGAGUGGAUGACCCCUAUUGAUUUUGGGGUCACUCUGUCAAAGGUCAAGGUCACAGGGGCCUGAACAUUGAAAACCAUUUCCAAUCAAUAACUUGAGAACCUCUCGACCCAGAAUAUUGAAACUUCAUAGGAUGAUUGUUCAUGCAGAGUAAAUGGCCCUUAUUGUUUUUGGGGUCACUCCGUUAAAGGUCAAGGUCACAGGGGCCUGAACAUUGAUAACCAGUUCCGAUCAAUAACUUGAGAACCACUUGACCCAGAAUGUUGAAACUUCAUAGGAUGAUUGAACAUGCAGAGUAGAUGACCCCUAUUGAUUUUGGGGUCAGUCUAUUAAAGGUCAAGGUCACAGUGGCCUGUUCAUGUAAAAUCAUUUUUUGGAAAUAACUUGAGAACCACUUGACCUACAAUGUUGAAACUUAAUAGGAUGAUUGGACAUGCAGAGUAGAUGACCCCUAUUUAUUUUGAGCUCACUUGAUCAAAGGUCAAGGUCACAAGAGCCUGAACAGUGACUUGAGAACCACUAGGCCAAGAGUGUUGAAAUUUAGCGGGAUGACUGGACAUGCCAAGUAGAUGAUCCCUAUUGCAGCCAACCAUCAGUGUCUCUUUGACUUUCACUCCUGACCCCUAUUGACUUCUUGCCUAUAGGACUUUGCAUUGGGGGAGACAUGCGCUUUUUUACAAAAGCGUUUUCUAGUUAUGCUUGUGUGCGUCAAAUUGCAAUGUUCUGCAUCAGUGCAUGCAGGGGGUACAUUUAUCACCUUCAGUGAUAGCUCUAGUUUUAUUUAGAAAUUAUUUGCAAACAAAAUGUAUAACCACCAUUAUUGCUGUCUUUUUUAUCUGUGUACAGUAGAAACUUGGUACCUCAAAUUCCAAGGGAACUGGUGUUUCACUUUUGAGAUAACUGAAAUUCUACCUCGGGUGAUAUUUUUUUGCUGAUUUUUUAACCCUUACCCUGCUACAUUUCUACAAUGAACUUGUCCAUCUUUCAGUCUGGCCAGUACCAUUUAAAAGGGUGCUUAUCAAAACAAUACUGGCUGAAUAGCGAACAGUGCAGAUCAUGAACUCAAAACAUUGCUCCUGUAUAUGUGAAAGUUAAUACAGCAUUAUACAUGUUAGAUACAUAUUGAGAGAACAUAAGUUAAAAUUCAUGUUCUUUAUAUUACUUAAGUCACCUUAGCUUUUUUUCAUGGGAGUAUUUAUGUUCACCAUGUGUCAGUUGUAUUUUGCUCGGUGUCAGCAUUUUACUAAAACAUCUCCUUUGAUACUGCCGGUACUGGUCUUGGCAUAGUUUUUCUGUCACUGUAUCUAGGGACCGCCAUAGCUAAAACUAAAAAACACUUAAACAACUUCAUCUCUUGAACCACAUAAUGGAUAUUCACUAAACUUGGUUUGUAAUAUCCUUGGAUGGACCUUUCUCAGAUUUGUUGAAAUGGUCCUGCUUGACUGCACUUAAUGACAUAGAAAAAAGAUUUAAACCACUUCUUCACUAAACCUGGUCUGUAGCUCCCUGAGAACAAUCUUUCUCAAGUUCUUUUCUUGACUGCACAUAAUGACCCCCAGAGCUAUAAAUUGAAAAACCUUUAAACAAGUACUCAUGAACUGCUUGAUAGAUGCUUACCAAACUAUCAGCAGUAUCCUUGCGUGGACCUACCUCAAUUUUUUCAGAUUCUUUCACUUAAAUAUUGCCACAGAAGCUAUAAGUGGAAAAGCAUUAUUCAACUUCUUCUCAUGAACCACUUGAUGGAUGUUGAACAGACGUAUUAGAAAUUGCCUCAUGAGACUAUUCUCCAAUUUUUUCAACUGGUUCUGCUUGACUGCACUUGAUAGCCACCAGAGCUUAAAAUAGAAAAAACUUUAAAAUGACUUCUUUCUAGAACCACAUAAUGCAUUUCCACCAAACUUAUUUGUAGAAUCUUACGUAAAGAUUGUUCAUACUCAAAUUUGUUUGUUUGGUUUUAAUUUACUGCACUUAAUGGCAAGAGCUAAAGAUAGAAAAAAAAACCUUUAAACAACUUUUCUUUUAACAGCUUGAUGGGUUCUCAUGGAACUUGGUUAGAAGUAUCCUUGUAGGGACCUUGUUUAUCCUUUUUGUAUUCGGAAUGAUUUAUAUAUAUAUAUGUUACUAAUAUGAAAAAAAGUAUAAUUAUACUCCAGUAUCUGAUUGAUAUAUCAGUAGCUUCCAUGAAUUACUCUUCUUUUUAAACUUACCUGAACUUUGUUUAUGAUGAGCUAUAAGUAUAGCAUUUAUUAUGUAAACAAUGCCAAGGUGACAAAGUCAUGAUUUUUACUAAAGGCUAAAUGUUUGGAAAAUAAUGUGACAAUUUUCGUUCAAAAUACAGAAAAAAACAACACAACACUAAAUUCAUUUUCUGUGAACUGUAAUGCAAGCAAAGUUUGUUAGCUAUCAGCUAUACCCUAAAGCACUGUUCUUUAAACUUUGGAAAAAUGUGUAUAAUUUCCAAUCUGCAUAUUUUUAUGUCCUAAAAUCAUGCAAAAUACCCACUAUGCAACACGUUAAACUAGGUGUGAAAAACGAAUCUGAGCAUUUCAUUUUUUUGUGGACACAUUUUUUGAAAUCCUUAAUCAAGGGUUUGCAAAAGUUAUCUUUCCUGAAGUUAUUCUACUAUAAUAUAAUGUAUUGUGAACUGAGUGGAAAGAACUGAAAUUUGCCAACUUAGAUGCUCGCUGAAACAAACAUGGAAAACUUGUAAACAUGUAGAAGUUGAAAUCACAGUCGCUUUAAAACAGCCAUAGGUGAAAGUAAUAGAGAGCUAACCUGUCAUCCAAAGUGCCGGUAGUGUCCCCAAUCACAUCGUUUUACCACAGGUUAAAAUUUCCAAAUGUAUUGUCGGUAAGCGGAACAUCAUAACUAUUCAUUAUUUGGCUUAGUGUUUCAUUUUCCAUUUUUUCAAUCUCGCACAAUGAGUCAAGUUAAAUUCUAUGUGAUCAAAACAUUGGCAAUUAUUUGAUCUAUUCCUGGUAGUGAAAAUCUACAUUCCAUCAAAUCUAAUGCCUGAGACAACAGAAUAUCGUCCUCACUUUAGCUUUUAAAGUUACCCACUGCCUGAGACAAAAUAAUAUCAUUAUCGUGAAGUGACAUUUUACUUUCUGGCUAUGCACAUCCAAAAUUCGAAUGACACAGAGUACUGGACCCAUGUCAGAUUAGAUGUGAACCUCAAUAUGCUUUGAUUGGUAAAUUUUCACACAAUAAUCAUGUUCCUGUUGCUAAAGUGCGAUGAACCCUUGUCAAAUAAGAAGAGGUCCCCAUUCCCUACCGUCCAGCUUGUGCAUACACAAGUUAAUAUGUUAAGUUUCUAAGGGAGGCUCCAUUUCUAAAUAUUUUUAAAACGAUUAUUAAAAGAAAAAAUGUAUUUAGUUUACUGUUUUAAUGAUGCGAAUCUUUUGAAAGUAAUCUGUUAGAAAACUCUCCUUUACGAGGUUCGUUUGCUAUCCGGAUUACGUUCACUGAGAUUCCCCUGCGCAUGAUGACACCAAGGUAAGCACAUAACUUAUACGUAAUUACCUAAAUAACUAGGCCAUUCAGUCAUCAAAUUUGCCUUUCACUAAAAAUGCUGCAUACUCUUCCUGCAAAUGUCUUAUGUUGGCUGUAAGAGUUGUUAUCAAGAGGUUCAUUGUCCUUAGAUUUACUUAAUAACUUUAGAACCGUUUCUACGUACCUUCCACAUUUAGUAAGCAUGUUUAGUGUUGGUUGAUCUUAAUACUAUAAACAUUUCUCUGAUCGCUUUACAACAUAAAGCAAAUAGACCCUUUCCUGUGUAUCACUGUAAAGCACCGUUUCGUCUAGCUCUUCUUUUGGAUUUUCUUGCACAUGGACAAGAUAAGUUAUUACACAUAGUAGUGUGUACUAUGCCUUAUAAGAAAAUAGUUUGCUAGUAAUAUUCUGAUUGGAGACAAUUGGCACUUUUGGGGGCUGCUACUGAUAAAAAUGGAAUGACCUUUAAAUAGCAUCUUCCCACGAACUGCUGUUUGGUAUUCAUCAAACCUUGUCUAGAGCAUCACAUUAUGAGGUCCUUUACCAUAUUUGUUCAGUUGAGAGUUCUUUGCCCCUUUUAGGGGCCACUACAGCUUAAAAAAUAGAAAUACCUUUUAAAAAAAAUUUCUAAUGAACUGCUUGAUGGGUCUUCAUUAAACUUGGUCUGUAACAUCAUCUAAGAUCUUUAGCCAAAUUUGUUCAAAUUAGGACACUUAAAGGCCUUUUUAUGUGCCACUAAAGUUAAAAUGGAAAUACAUUUAGCUGAUUUCUUUUUAUGGUUAUGCAUUUUUGGUGCAUGACAGCAAAAUACAGAAAAAAAACUUUAAAUAACUGUUUUAAGCUCACCAGUCAUGUAGUGACAAGGUGAGCUUUUGUAAUAGUCGGCAACGGUCGUCCAACAAUGAUUUCUUGUGAACAUGAUAGAGACCACAUUUUGCAAUCAAUUUUUAUCAAACUUGUACACAACUUGUAUUGGCAUAAUAUCUCGGUUUCUUUUGAAAUUUUGCCAUAUCCAAUCAUGGGUAUCUACUUUCCAGAUUUUAUUUACAGAGUAAUCCCCCUGUAAAGGGCCAAACUUUGCUGUUUUGCCUAAGCUUGCUUGACAGAGACAACAUUUUGCGAACAAUUUUAAUCAGACUUGCACACAACUUGUGUUAGCAUAAUAUCUUAGUUCCUUUCAAAAACUGGCCAGAUCCCAUCAUGGGCUCCAGAGUUACGGCCCCUUAAAGAGCCAAAAUUUGUAACUUUUUACCUUGAGAACAAGAUAGAAGUGAUAUUUUACAUUUGACUUAAACCACUUUUACACACAAGUUACUGGUAAGUGGCUAUAAGAUCUCAGUUCCUUUAAAAAAUGGACUAGAUUCCAUCAUGGGUCACUAUGUGAUGAGUUGAGCUUUUUUGAUCGUCUGUCGUCUGUCCACAAUUUCUUGUGAACACGAUUGAAACCACAUUUUCAACUUUAAUCAAACUUGCACAGAACAUUGGCCAGAUCCCAUCAUGAGUUACAGAGUUAUGGCCCCUUAAAGGGCCAAAAUUUGCUAUUUUGACUUGCAAACACAAUAGAGACCACAUUUUGCUAUCAAUUUUAUUCAAACUUGCACACAACUUGUAUUGGCAUAAUAUCUCAGUCCCUUUAGAAAACUGGCCAGAUCCCAUCAUGGGUUCCAAAGUUAUGGCCUCCUAAAGGGCCAAAAUUUGCUAUUUUGGUCUUUGCAGCAAUACAGACUUCAGUAUGGUUUGAUUUAAUACAAACUUGCAAAACAUCUUUAACAACAAUAGAUCUUGGAAUCCAUGUUGAAUCCGUCAGAUCCAAUCAUAGGUUCUGGAGUUAAGGCCCCUGAUUGAUCCCUGAAAGAGCCAAAAUUUGUUGAUUUUUACCUUGUGAACAACAUAGAAGUGACAUUUUACAUUUGAUUUUAACCACAGUUUAGGCAUAGGAAAUAGAGAUCAAUAAAAUUCACCUUUACUAAUCCUACCAGGUGUUCUGUAUUACAAAAGUGCUUCUAUUGUGACAUUUUGAUACAAGCAAAACUGUAUUAUCUGCACUAUUAAUUACUUACUGGUACUUCAUUUUAUUAUUGGCUUGUUAAAGGUCAAUUUUUUACCAUAUGUAAGUUGACAGAAUCAUAGGAACCAUGUUUUGAUGGGUAAAUCAAACACAAAUGAAUAAAUCCUGAAUGUUUUUGUUGUGCAAAAAAGUAUAAUAUUGUGUCUAAAACAGUUUUCAUUUUCCACUCAAUUGUGUAAUUCCAAGGGAAGUAAACUAAUAGAUAUCUCUGUUUAUAAAUACUAGCCCAAGGCAAGAGUUGUCAUUUUUUGUGGAUAACAACUUUAAAUUAAAAAUUAAAACUUCUGUUAUUGAUAUUAACAAAACUAUCAUAAACUUCACAUUUGUGAAAUCAUUUUUGGUUAUUUCAAGGACUUGGAAAUCAAUUUCUAGACUUUAUUUAAUGUAUUACUAUCAUUGAAAAUUUUAGGGUCUAUCUCUACACAGUUGCUCACAACUUAAGUCACAAUAAGAUCUCUCUGACUUCGGCCAAGUUAAACAGGUGAGCGAUAUAGGGCCAUCAUGGCCCUUUUGUCUGUCAAAUGUCUUGAUUCUGUCAUGGCCUGCUUCCAGCUUUGGUAGAGCCAAUAUUUCCCUUUGCACCCUCAUUGGUUGCUAUGGCCUCAGCGUUUAACAUGGCAACAAAUGUGGUCGUUGGUCCUUUUUUGACUGGUGCGGAAUGAAACAAUGAUUCCUUGUAAUAAAGCAAUUACUGUUUAACUAUGAAAAUAUAUUACAGUACAUAAUUCGUGUAAUGAAUGAGUGAAAUAUCCAACUUACCUGUAAAACAAUAUUCAAGAUUGAUAUAUAUUAUUUAUUUACUUCAAAAGUAAUAGAGGUAAACAAUGUAGCGGUCAAUACAAUAUAGCGAAGGCAAGUGCAAUGAAGCAUUGCAUUUAUCAUAAAUGCUAUGGGUCUAUUGUUGCACAGGUGUUUACAUGUAUUACUAUAGAAUCUCCAAUCCGAUUAACCUGAUAGUGCAUUGUAUUGAAAAUGAUUGAUGGGCUAUACCCAAAUCUGAUGGUAAUCAGAAAAUUUACUUAGAUCUGCCCUGCACUUCCACUAAUACAUGUUGAUAUAUUAUGCAAAGCUCCUCUAUGAAAAGCUGAGGUUAAUCAAUCCCCGCCACGAGUGGUGAAGGGGUUAUAGGGAGGGUCUCUGUCCAUCUGAAAUAAUAGUCUGGUCCAUAUAACUUAAAAAAACCCUUGAAGGAUUUUUAUGAAACUUUGGUCAAAUGAUCACUUUACCUAGAGGAUGUGCAGAAUUCAUGAGUCAGCUGUGUCGGAUCUCCGUAUCUGCUCUGUAUCUCCUAAAACCUGUGAAAAAUUUUCAUGAAAUUUGGGUCAAAUGAUAACCAAGACAAUGUGCAGACAGCAUGAGUCGGCCAUGUUGACUCAAGGUCAAGGUCACAACUUACGGUCAAAUGUUUCAGCCUUCCUUUUUGUGUCUGUUCAGUGUCUCCUAAACCCCUUUAAUGGUGUUCAUGAAACUUUGGUCAAAUGAUCACCUCAUCAAGACAAUGUGCAGAGCUCAUGAGUCGGCUUAAGGUAAAGGUCACAACUCAAGGCCAAAGGUUUGAGCCUUCAAUUCGUAUGUAGGUCGCAUUUUGUUUUGAGCACAAAAGUUCAUCUAGUUUCUGUAUUUUUGCCUGAAUAAUCAUCUGUAUCCUCAUUCUUUCAACCCAAGCAACCAACUCGGCAUCACAUCAUUUGUUCUUUCUAAUGAAACAAAUCUCAAGUUGAAAUAAGACUACAGUCUGCAAGGUCUAGUUCCAGUGGCAACCUUGUGUUGCCAGUUGUCAAAGUUUGCCUCAGUAUAUAUUGCACUUGUUGUUGGAGCAACUGGUUGGUUUGAUAAAGUACAGUUCUCUGCUGGAAUAGCUGUACUUUGCCCAUUUUCCUCAUCCCUCAUGUUGAAUAUGCAUUUAAUUGAUAAGCCAACACAAAGAAAAAGUGUAAAAUACAAAGAUAAGGGUGUAAAUGCUUCACUGAAUGAAAUAACAUAUAAACACAUAAAAUCACAUGUUCAUCUCAUCAAUCUUAUGUGGUCCAGCACAGAAGGAUUGAGUUCUAGAAAAGUUUUAAAACUGAAUUAAAAAAAUAAAUAUGUAAACUAGAUUAAAGUUGCUUGUGAUUUCCAUUCAAUAUACAUGUCAGACUGCAACAUUAUACUGAGAAAAGGAUAAUUAUUUAAGAAAUAAUUUAUAGCAAAAGAGUGCUUUAACACUAUUUAUGCACGAUGGGCGGUUAUACGUCGGGCGUAAUAAUUGAUCGAGGGUGCAGCACGACUGAAAUUAUUUUUCACUGAUUAUAUUCCGUCUGGUUAUGAAUUAUAAUCAUAAGUUCCAGAUUCUGACACCAUGUUAUGAUAUAUCUUUGUAUGCUCCUGUCAUAUUAUUAAGGAAUAAUAAUAUAUGUAAAGAACUACAACACGUGUGUUCUAACUAAAUUUGAUAUAUACAGAACAUGUAGACUAUAGCAUGGAAUUCUAAGAACAAGUAUCAAGCAAUACAGAUUCUCUCUAGUGGGAGGAGCUUAUCAGUAAUUGGCGUAGAUUAAUAGCACCACAUUACAGCAGUAAUGCUUCACACAUAACAGUUAACAUGCCAACAUGUUAAAUUGCAGUCUAAUCUAUGAAGAAAGUCUUUAUAUAAUUUCUUUUAAUGUUCUUUGGGUGAACUUCUACCAAAAAUGGCUGUCCCGAUUACUAAUAAAAACCAUGGCUGCCAUGUGCUGGGCAUAUAAGUAUACAGAAGACACUUUGAAACUUUCUUUUCAGAAAAUGUUUACAAAUUUAUUCCUUGGGUGACCCCCUACUAGCUCGACUAUUCAAAGAAUAGUAGAGCUGUUGGACUCGCCCAUGCGUUGGCGUCCGUGUCCCGUUUUUGAAUUUCUUAUGAACACAAUAGAGAUCACAUUUUGCAGUCAAUUUUAAUAAAACUUACACACAACUUGUAGGGCCAGAUCCUAGUCAAAAUAUUUCGACGUUCAGAUUGAUUUAUAUUUGUGACUGGCAAUCUAAACGUCAAAACUUCGAAAUACCAAAACAUGGAGGAAUGAGGCGCUCAAUAAAAUUUCACAAAACAAACUUGAUUUAGAGUAUUUUGGUCUCUUUUUAACUCACAAACAAAACAUACAGUUGAUUACCAUCAACUGAAGUCAAUCCUAGGGGCUCUAAACAUGAAAAACCUAAAAAAGUUUCAAGAGGUUAACAUUCCAUAAAAGCAUGUCUCAACUGGUGUAAAUCAAAAAAUUGCGUCAACUUGGUGACUGAUGUACGCAGAUUUUUAGGGUUAAAGCAACUAAAUGUUUUGUUCCAGUGAAGGCGGCCUAUUACUAUCUUAUAAGUACAGCAAGGAAAUACAUGAAGAAAUGUAAUGUUUUUAUUUUAAUAGUUUCUAUUUAAACAACUUCUCUAUAGAAAUGUGCGGGGCUUACGUUUAGAACGACUAAAACAAGUAGUGGUAUAUUGAAAUGACUUUAUCUCUUUCGAAAUGUUAAACUUCCAUAAAAUAAUACUAGAAUGUUAAAAAUAAUAAAUUGUUACCUGUCAGGUAAUUGUUUGUUUUUAAUUUUCAUUAUGUUCUCUUUAUCUGUCAGAAAGCUGUAUGUCUUUAAUUUUCAUUUUAUUACAUUUUACCUGAACAUUUAAAACCACAUAACAUAAGCUUGUGUGAAUUUCAACAGCUAUUUAAAACAGAGGCAGAAUUCUCAUAAGCGUGAAUUUUAACAGAUAUAUUUUUCUGAAAUAACAAUUAGAUACAGUUUCUUUCAAACUUGUAAAGUGUCACAUCGUUGUUAGUUACUGUACUGUUCUUAGAUAUUUGCAACUCUUUUGGAUUUGUCCAUUUUUUUAGACAGCCUAUUUAGCCGGUCUAUAAAACUUUGUUUUUUUAGCCAAAGGCGAAGGGGAUAUUAAGAAUGCUCUCCGUCCGUGCGUCCGUCUGCAACUAUCUUUGUCCGAAGCAUAACUCCAAAAGUACUGGAGGGAUUUUCUUCAAACUUCAUACACUGAUAGAACACAUUGGGAGGAAGUGCAAUUUGCAAGAACAAUAACUCUACCUUGCCUAUUUUUUUAGUUAUUCCCCUUAAUCUUAUUUUCUUAAAAAAAAAUUGUCUGGAGCAUAACCCCAAAAGUACUUGGCCCUCUUGUUACAAAAUUGGGUCCCUUUCUCAACUUUUAUAUUAAUUCAGUUGACAAGGCUAUUGAAUAAUCAAGCGCUACUGUCCUCAGACAGCUCUUGGUUUGGAGGUAUAACACAUUUAUGUGUAUUAUUUGUAUGCUAUUUUGAAUCUAAUGCAUAGUACUGUUAAUACACAAAAACAUGUUAUUUUAUGUUUACAUAAAUAAUAUAUAUAUUUUUUUUCAUACUAACUUUAAAAUCUGAAAUGUGGGUUUAGUGUACCUUUGAAGUUUUUUCUGUUGAAACUUGUAACAGAACAUUUUACCCUUGAAAUUGUAUUAUGACAAUUGUUAAUGAGCAAAAUUUCAUAAGUAUCUAAACUUCAUUUUAGUCUGGUUUUAAUGUUAUAAUUUUUGUUUAUGCUUUAUUUAUGUCUCCCACCACACAGUGGUGUGGGAGACAUAUUGAUUUACUCCAGUCUGUGUGUCUGUCACAAAGCUUGUCCGCACUCUAAAACGAACAUUUCUCAUCCAAUCUUCUCCAGUCUGUGUGUCUGUCACAAAGCUUGUCCGCACUCUAAAACGAACAUUUCUCAUCCCAUCUUCACCAAACUUGAACAAAAUGUGUUUGACCAUAAGUCCUUGGCCAAGUUCCAUAACUAGCCAAAUCUGCUCAGGCACUUUUGAAUUAUGGCCCUUGAAUAACUGAUUGGGUCCACUCGUCAAAAAACAAUCUAAUUUGGUCCACUCGUCUAGACCAUCUAGAGAAACUAGACAUUUUUCAUAGGGUGUGUGUCUAUCACAAAGCUUGUCCACACUCUAAGUCGAACAUUUCUUAUCCGAUCUUCACCAAACUUGAACAAAAUGUGUUCGAUAACAAGCAAAAUCUGCUCAAGCAGUUUUGAAUUAUGGCCCUUGAAUUACUGAUUGGGUCCACUCGUCCAGACCAUCUAAUUGGGUCCACUCGUCUACACCAUCCAGAGAAACUAGACAUUUUUCAUAGGGGCAGUUGUGGGAGACAUGCGCUUUUCUCAAAAGCAUCUAUAGUUUAGUACUAUUUUUGCAAUAUUUUUGGUGCAAGAAGCCCAUAAUUUUCAAAAAUAUUUUGAUGUCCUUUUUUAUAAAAUAUAGACUCUUAGUUUCCAUAAACUGUUUUGAUCAAAGGGUACUCAUUUAUAAAAGAUGUAGUAUUGAAUGUCAUGUAUGUAUUUUAUUGAAUUAUGUUAAUUUAUUUUCAUAAAAUAAGUUGGUUGCAAAUAAAAGAGUAAACUUC